CGCAGGCGGAGGCGCAUGGUAACAAACAAACCAAGGCAUCACUGGGAGACAGGAAGAACUGCUGACUAAUCAACGAAUGAAUGUCAUUCUCUACAUCCUGAGGUUACUUCAAGAUGUCUGUUUCCGUAAUCAUUAAAUGGGGUGGACAGGAGUAUUCCAUCAACACUUUGUCCGAAGAGGACACAGUAUUGGAUCUCAAGCAGUCCAUCAAGAGUUUGACAGGUGUCCUACCAGAGCGACAAAAGCUGCUGGGGUUAAAGCUGAAAGGAAAACCAGCUGAAGAUGAUGUUAAGCUGGGAGCACUGAAGCUGAAGCCCAACACAAAGAUCAUGAUGAUGGGCAGUCGAGAGGAGAAUCUGGAAGACAUCAUGGCUCCUCCACCAGAAAAUGAUGACGUUGUAAACGAUUUUGAUAUUGAGGAGGAGGUCAUUGAAGUAGAGAACAGAGAGGAAAACUUGGCCAAGAUUGCUCGACGGGUAAAAGAUUAUAAAGUAGAGGAGCUGAACCCUCCAAGGGAAGGGAAGCGUCUGCUGGUGCUUGACGUGGAUUACACCUUGUUUGAUCACAAGUCCUGUGCGGAGACAGGGCAAGAACUCAUGAGGCCUUUCCUCCAUGAGUUCCUCACCUCCGCAUACGAAGACUAUGAUAUUGUUAUUUGGUCGGCCACAAGCAUGAAAUGGAUUGAUGCAAAGAUGAAAGAGCUAGGUGUGAUCGACAACCCCAACUACAAGAUCACCUUCAUGCUCGACAGCGCAGCCAUGAUCACUGUACACACUCCCAAGAGGGGUGUGGUUGAGGUAAAACCUCUAGGUGUGAUCUGGGGGAAGUACAGUGAGUUGUAUAGUAAGAAGAACACUAUCAUGUUUGAUGACAUCGGCAGGAACUUCCUAAUGAACCCACAAAACGGACUGAAGAUCCGUCCAUUCAUGAAGGCACAUUUAAACCGUGAGAAAGACAAGGAGCUCUACAAACUGUCACAUUACCUGAGGGAGAUUGCUAAGCUAGAAGACUUCUCAGGUCUCAAUCACAAACACUGGGAGAGGUAUCUCUCAAAGAAACAGUGAAGACAGCCUCCUGGAAAGACACUGAAGCCCUCACCAAAUAGCUCCUGGUUAUACAGCCCAUUUUUCUCUCCUCUCAGUUUCUUCCCUUCUGUGUCCCAUCUGUUCCGUCAUGAUCUUUUACGUGGCUUAGGUACUCUCUCAUAAGUCUUACAAAACACUGUGCACCACCCAACCUGCUACAUCUUAGCAUAACACUACUACCCCCAAAAAGCAUGACAUUGCUCCAUUCUCAUCUUUCUGUAUGUGUUUCUCCACUUUCCUCCAUCUGUAUGGACAUUUGUGUUGUGCACACUUGGCAUGUGUGCUCUUUCUCAUCCUGUGCGUGGUGGUCACAGGUUGCAGUAUUAUAGUGGAGGCAGGGAGUUGUGUAUGGUGUGGAAUUGUACUGGAAUUGAAGCUGGUGGUGGCUGAAUAGCAUGCACGGCAUCGGUACAGCCAAAAUGUGGUCUAGCUGAAGGAUCUGCUGAACUAUGUUUUCUCCAUGGAGAUUAUACUUCAGGCAGUUUUCCUGUCACAUUUUCUCAAUGGGAUUGACAUGUACCCAUGUACUUUUUUAUUGCAUUUUCAACAUUAAUUUAAUUUUCAACAACACAGUGGACAAAAGAUACUUAUUUUCUUCCACUUAUUCUAUGUGGUCCCGUACCUUUCCAUGACCGUGUUGGUUAUGCUAGUUGGUAAGGCCAGCCAUUCAUUUUUGCAUGCGUUGGCUAUGACUAUAUACAUUUCAUCAAAGCCCAUGGUCAGUUUAACUGGUACAAGCGCUGAUAGGGCAAGGCUAUGUGUGGGAUGUUUCUGUACUAAGAACGUGUGAGAUGGGCCCACCAUGGUACAGGAGGAGGGGCAUCUAGAGGCACAUUGCUAGUGUUUGUGUUGUAAUUGAUGCCUAGGUUUUACCAUGCCAACAGUGUUAACAGCAUUUUGUAUGCUGACUUGUAUGCAAGCAGUCCCUGCUGAAUUUAUUUGGGCUGAAGCUCACUGGUCCAGUUGCAUUGGUGGAGAGUUACUGAAAAUUCACAGCAGGUCAUCAUUCCGAGGCCAACUCACCCUGGGCGUGGGAAGUCAUGCCAGGGAUGACCAUUCAAAACGGUCAUGCUAAGCAAAAUGAGAAGUUUAAAAAACUGUUUGGGAUCUUCUGAAACAACAUUUCCUUAAAAUUAGCAAGAUGAUUUGAAGAUAUAAUAAUUUGCUGGAGAAAGUACUUCUUAGACUUUCUUCAUUUUGAUAUUGAGGUAAUAUUUAGUUGAUGUCUGGCACAAAUCUUGUUUUUUUUUUCACCUGAAAGUGAGAGAACAAGUGACUCAUUAACAUCUAGAAGUGCUGCGACCCAUUCCCAUCUCCCUCUUUAAAUAUUAGCAAAAUGCCUUUUGGGGGUUUCUACAAUGAGCCUUCCCUGCUCAAGCCUCCCUGAUCAUUGUGAUUAGGUGACUCCUAAAGCACAUGUAAAGAGAUUUAAAGGUAUUAUGAGUUUUGCUGUUUGGUUUACAUUAUGCCGUUCGGGUCGCAUCGUGGCCCAUGGCUCUGCUAUGCAUAAGCUACAUGAGGAAGCAUUAUGUUACUAAAUAAGUUGUUAGGGGUCUAGUUUGCCUCAGAUGUCCUUAAGCAGUUUGACUGGUCUAUUCAGAGACCUGUGAGACAUACAGCAAUUACAUUUCCCUGUCUUUGAUGGACUUGAUAUGCAAUGUGAAACCAUAUCUUUGGUAAUAUCCCAGUAAAGCUUCCGAAAAAGCAGAUUGACUUUGGGAUUGUGAGUAAUAAAUAUGUCCAUGCUUACACCUCUUUUUCGAUAAUUGGAUAAACGAUUCAUUUGGAUAAUUGCAUUUCUAUCAAACCUGCAGCAGUGUCUCCACUGACUGGGCUUCUCAGGUCACAAAAGGUUUGCUAUUGCAUGCAUUGUGCAACAGAACAGGGUGACGCUUUGAUUUGAAAAUUAAAAAAUAAAUGAAAAAGCAACAACUUGAUAAUUGCAGUCAAGUGAAUUUGGAAGCAUUGCUUACAAAAUAAAAACCAGACUGCUUAAAUUAUUUAGUGAUUUACAUGUCCCCUGCGGUACAUUCUUUCUUUCUUUUUUAAAAUCUUGAUUUGUUGACACUAAAAGCUGAGGUCCUCAGAUAUUGAGGUUUGGCCUUUCAUAAAUUGAGCUGUUUUCACUUGAAAACAUUGUUUAUUUUGUAAAUGGUAGUGGAAAUGUCAGCUCACUCUUAGGUUUCCUAUAUCUGAACAUUCAUAACAUUCAAGAACUCAGAAAAAAGCAAAAGAAAAAGAGAAGGGCAACAUCAUAUCUAAACACCAUUUAAAUCACACCUUGUAUGUGCUGUGUGCAUUGCUGCAUACACUUAAGUGUCAGCUUCCGUUGAUUUUCAUCAUAGAUGUGACUUGCCAUACCUAAGGAAAUUCAGAAACACAUGGCAUUCUUAACUCUCUUACAGCUGAUAUCGCAGGACUUCUGUUUUUCCUCAAACAUGAAAAAACUGACAACAUCCUGAAGAGUUUGUUUGAAAUUUAAAACAUGACCUUUGCACUCUUGUUUUUACCAAUCUGGUUAAUGAGGAAGCAAUAAUUCAUCACCUGUGCUCCCUGGCCACAGGUUUUGGGUCAUCUAGUGAGCCUCUAACUCCAGAUGGAUUCAUAGGAUAUUGUACUGUAACUUCAGGAUGAUUUCAUUUUGAGUUGUUACAUUGGGAAAGGUCUAUGAAAAUGUAGUUUAGUAUUAUACUUUGGCUGAAAAUGUUGAAAGAAGGAACAACCUUACUUAAAGGUUCACAUUUGUCAUUGCAUUGUUGGUUUACACUUACGACUUAACUAAUAUUUAUUUAGAUGAAUUUACAUGUGAAUGUGACAUUUAGUUGUGCUCUGUGAUUUCUGAUAUGGGUUUCCUGCUUCCCCGUAUACAACAUGAGACCUGUGUUAAAAAGCAGAUGUCCCUGCUUCAAAAGGGUCGUACCUCAGAUUAAUCUGGGAUCCUCAUCACAUGUUUUUGUUUGUCACAUGUUUAUGGUUAUGUUUUGAAAUAUGUAUAAAUGUGUAAGCAUUACAUAUCCUCAAUGUAAAUAAACAAGUCAAACUUUUUUUUAUAGUA